ACGUCAGCAACUAACGAGGUCUCUUCCGUGACACAAGCAACUAUUUAUAACCGUUGCGUUCCUUCGACGUAACCUUGCGCAUAGAUUCGAAACUGCUUUGACAGAGACAGUAAGUGAAAAAGCAACAAUCCUUUCGCACAUCGAUCGUUCUAAUGAUUGUUAAUAUUUUCACGAGAAUACAAUAGGAAGACAUAACAGCUUUCUUACUUAUCGAUAUUACCAUAAGACGGUAACGGGACGAAAUUUCACAAUUUUUUUUUAAAAGUGAAUUCAAUAGUGACACGUGAUACAUGGAAUUUUGAAAUUCAAUACUUACUUGAUGCUUGUUUGUUCUGUCAAGCCUGAUGAAAAAUCGUUAAUUGAUUUCGUUGUGCAUAAACCGUUCAAUGUCAAAUGAAAUUUCUUGUACAUAAUAACUCGUAUCAAUGGACUUUGAUGAGGAUAAAAUGUACAUGCAUUCGCGAGUUAUAUUCUCGCGGAAUCUUUUAUUACAAACAACCGUAUUAGCGUUGAUCUACGCUGAUUUAGGCUACCAGUUGCUAUCGUUGCUUAGGCUUCCAGCACUCUCCACCGAAGACAAAUUGGAAUACCACUUCUACCCCGUUGCUAGCGGACAAAUCCAAUUUCGGGUGAAAGCAGCCAACGAUGCUCACGUUGCUCUCACCACCGGUCCCCACGAGGGAGAACCGAUGUACGAGGUAUUCAUUGGCGGUUGGAGCAACGGCAAGUCCGUGAUCCGUAAAAAUAGAAGCAAACCUGAUGUGGCUGAAGUCGAGACACCCGGUAUUUUGAGUGGUGACGAGUAUCGUGGAUUUUGGAUUAGAUGGAGCGAUGGUGUCGUGUCAGUGGGUAAAGAAGGCGAACCGAGCUCGUUCCUCACUUAUGCCGAUCCGGAACCAUUUGGAAUCGGUUACUUUGGAGUGUGCACCGGUUGGGGUGCGUCCGGCGAAUGGCUGAUCGAAGGACACGGCACCCUGUCGACCCGGAACGAGUUAGUCUACCAGUUUCGUAACGUAAGAGGCGGUUCAGUUUUCAUUGAAGUCAGGGCCAAGAGCAACGCGCACGUUGCCCUGACCAACAAGAAAGGCGACUCGAGUCCGAUGUACGAAAUCUUGCUCGGCGGUUGGGAGAACACCGCGUCCGUCGUCAGAUACGAUCGCAAACAGCCCGACAAGGUGCGCGUGAACACGCCAAACCUGCUGAACGAGAACGAAACGAAGAAGUUCGUGAUCACAUGGCUUGACGGCCUUAUCACGGUCAGGGCUGGUGAUCUAAACGGUUCUAAGAUCAUGGAAUGGCAGGAUCCAAAGCCAUUUGGCGUGAGUUAUAUGGGCGUGCGUACCGGUUGGGGUGCAACCGGCAAGUGGAAGAUUCGAACUGCACAAUAUCCACCCCGUUCAGCUGACACUUCUAAACAUGUGAACCCAUCUGCUCCACCUCCACCUGUGCAAGGAUUGGAAUUGGGAGAAGUUUGCUGGUGUGACGCGACAGGUGGCAUGCUGCCCCCAGGUGCAGUGGAAGGAGGAAGAGACGAAGAAACAUUGUACGUGGGCAGAGCUUACCACGAGGGUGCUCUUUUGCCUGGUAAGGUGAAGCCAGGACACUCUGUCUGUUAUGUCGCCUGGGGUGGUGGUGAACACGGUAAAACUGAUUACCAGGUUCUUUGCGGUUGCAAACCGAUGUGGGUGCCGACGAGUGGAAACCAGAUUCCUCCUAACGCAAUCCCAGGCGGUGAAACCGAGGAUGGAGAAGCACUUUAUGUCGGUCGUGUUAAUCACGAGGGUACUCUGACAAUCGGCAAAGUGCAACCUUCUCACAGUGUCUGCUACAUAGCAUACGGCGGUGCCGAGGUCGCCUUCCCUGAAUAUGAGAUAAUGGUUUCGCAGUAAUCAAUGGGAGCUUCAACGACAUCGCGAAAGACUAGAGUUGAAAGCACACCGACUUCGAUGAAUUUUAUCAAUAAAUCCUCACCGCUUAAAGUGGCUUUAUUUCAGAAACGCGCCGUAAGCGUCGUAAACGUCGAAUCUCAGUAAUUGUUAUCAAUAUUUUUAAGAAAAGAAAAAGGAAGGGAAUAUUGUAUAAAUUGAGAAUCUCAUAUGUGUGUAAACUAGUCUAGUUGCUAAUGGGCGGAUCUUUUGAUUCACAUUCAUCGAUCAGUCGGUGUGUAAUGGGCGUAUACUUCCGCACAGAAUAUUAUUGAAAUCACGAUAAUGUAGGCUGCGCAAAUCAAACUGGCAAUUUAUGUGUAGCUUAGCUAUGUAUGAUAAUAAUCGGCUGCAUAUGACUAUCAUUAUUUCCUAGCGGAUAUUCAUGCGGUUAGACGUCACUUGGUGGUUUCUGUUUUAAACGAGGGCAUCACAAAAAUGUGCAUUUGAUAGCCACAUAGUUUUUAACACACAGCAGUUUUUGCUUCCUUAAAACCGUUAUUUUUAGAUUCUGUAUUGUUACAAAAUGAAAUAAAUACUUCCAAGAUGAAA